AUGGCUUUGCUGUGGCUGCUCGUCCUGCUGGCCCUGGCCUGUCCCGUGGGGGCCACCUGGGACACCUGCAGAGGCACCUGCGGGCUCCGGCCCAUGGCUUCUGACCACAGCUCUGCUGCUGGCACGUCCCAUGCUGUGGGUGGCACCAGUGCCCAGGCAGGGGUCUGGCCCGGCAUCAUCAGCAUCCAAGCCACCUGGGAGAACGGCACGUGGCACAUGUGCACAGGUGUCCUCCUCAGCUCCCAGUGGGUUCUCACAGUUGCACACUGCUUUGCCAGGGCCAGACAUGUCUCCAUGUGGGAGGUGGUGAUGGGGGCUACAGAUCUGACUCACCUGGGCCCUGAGGCUGAGGUCAGACACAUCCAGAGGCUCCUGGUGCACCAGCACUACGUGCCUGCCACGGCCAGGAACGACAUCGCCCUGCUGGAGCUGGACCAGCCCGUGGAAUGCAGUGACUACAUCCAGCUGGGCUGUGUGCCUGACGCCUCGCUCAGGGUCUCAGAGCUGAAAUCCUGCUACAUCGCCGGCUGGAACUUUGCCAGAGCUCAGGGAACAGGCAUGGCACUACAGGAGGCCAAGGUCCACCUCAUGGACACAGAGCUCUGCAACAGCAGCCGGUGGUAUGCAGGGGCUGUUCAUGCUGACAACCUGUGUGCUGGGUACCCACAGGGCGGCAUUGACACCUGCCAGGUCCCUGUCCUACCUCUCCUUGUCCCCAAGGCCACAAAGCCCAUCUAG